ACUCGACCUUCCCUUCCCUCACGGCCAAACCACAGCCACAACCACCACUCUUGGUUUCCUUAUCUUCCCCUCCUCUAUAUCUCUUCCGCUCCAUUCACCUCUCUCCAUACCCGCAAAAACGUAAAAGCAUCAAAAACUCUCUCUGAAUCCAUCUCUCAAACCCGUCCCGCAGCAACCCUUUUCCUCCCCAGUUCUCAAAGGCGGAUUUUGAUUUGCUCUGUUCUGGGUUCUUGUUUCUCGUGCGUGUGAUUCAGGGGGAAGCUUGAUUGGAAAAGGGAAAGUGGGUUGCCAAAGGGUGUGGAUUUGAUUUGAUUUUUGGGGGGGUUUUCGUUUUUUUUUUUCUUUCAUUUCCCUGUAGGAAGAAGGAAAGCUGGAAGGAUUUUCAGGGGAUAAUUCCAGGGUAGACAAGUUGCAGACAUCACGGCUAUUCACGGCGUAACUCGGCCUCUAAUCCAUGUCCGUUCAGUGCGUCGCAAGCUGGAUAUAAUCCAGAGCAACCCUUCUGCGCACGGCGGCCGUGGAGCUUUGCCUUCGGAAGGCGGGAGCCCUUCCGAUCUCCUCUUCCUCGCCGGCGGUGGUUCCCUCUUCCCUUCCUCUUCUUUUUCCUUUUUAGUGUAGGAUUUAGGAUAUUUCUCGUUUCCUUUUUCGCUUCGGAAAGCGCAACAAAAUAGAAAGAGUAUAUAUAGGAGGAAGAAUCAUUCGAGUAUAUUGUUUAAGAUCCUUUGUGGGCCGUAGAGAAUUUGUGAAAUUCCUUGUGUGAGGUCAAAAAAAGAAGCGAAAGGAUGAUGCUUAGAAUCAAGAGGGUUCCUACCGUUGUGUCGAACUACCAAAAGGACGAAGGCGAAGACGCUGCCCGCCGCGGCGGAGGUUGCGGCCGCAAUUGCCUUCAGAAGUGUUGCAUUCCAGGGGCAAAGCUUCCUCUCUAUACUUUCAAGAGGGCGGAGGAGAUUCCUGGCGACAAGUGUGUUCUUGAGCAUGAUGAUAACCAGGCUCCUGUUGCAUUCUUGGACUCCCUCCUCCUUGGACAGUGGGAGGACCGCAUGCAGCGAGGACUGUUUCGCUAUGAUGUCACUGCAUGUGAAACCAAGGUGAUUCCUGGCCGAUGUGGCUUCAUGGCCCAACUGAAUGAAGGUCGUCACCUGAAGAAGAGGCCAACUGAAUUCAGGGUUGACAAGGUUCUUCAGCCCUUUGAUGGGAACAAGUUCAACUUCACUAAAGUUGGGCAGGAGGAAGUGCUCUUCCAGUUUGAUGCGAGCGAAGAUGGUGAAGUCCAUUUCUUCCCAGAUGCUCCAGAAGUGGUUGCAGUGGGAUGGAGUACUGAGGCACUGUCAUUUGAUUGUUUACAGGUUAGCCCUAUCGAGUAUGGGCAUGUGCUGCUGAUUCCGCGUAUCUUGGAAUGUCUGCCUCAAAGGAUUGAUCGUGAGAGCUUUUUGCUUGCACUUUACAUGGCAAUUGAAGCUGGGAACCCUUACUUCCGCUUGGGUUACAACAGUCUUGGUGCAUUUGCUACCAUCAACCAUCUUCACUUCCAGGCUUACUAUUUGGCUGUGCCAUUCCCGAUUGAGAAGGCUCCUACCAGGAAGGUGACAACAUUAGGUGAUGGAGUGAAAAUCUCUGAGCUCUUUGAUUAUCCGGUCAGGGGUCUCGUCUUUGAAGGUGGGAACACUCUCCAAGACUUGUCAAACGCCGUCUCUGAUGCCUGCAUUUUUCUUCAAGAUAACAACAUUCCACACAACGUCCUGAUUGCUGAUUGUGGAAAGCGCAUCUUUCUCUUGCCUCAGUGCUAUGCUGAGAAACAAGCACUUGGCGAAGUGAGCAGUGAGCUUCUCGAUACCCAAGUGAACCCUGCGGUGUGGGAGAUCAGUGGGCACAUGGUGCUGAAGAGGAAGAAAGACUACGAGGAAGCUUCCGAGGAGAAUGCAUGGAGGCUUCUAGCUGAAGUGUCCCUCUCCGAAGAGAGGUUUGAAGAAGUGAAAGCUCUGAUCUUUGAAGCCUGUUCCUACACCUUGAGCGAGAAGGAAGAUGAGCACCUGACCCAGGGUGCAGGCGAUGACAAACCUCCUCUCGAAGGAACUGGCUCGAUCAACAAAGGCAGGAACUGCAACAUGGUCUCAGGAACUCAAGAAUGCCUGGUUCUGCAGUAGUAAAAGGACUAGUUUCUUUAGUUAAGAAGCCGCAAGAGCUUUGCUUGUGGGGGAGAGUAUGGCAGCUGUAGCUUACUAAGAAUAAGCAAAACCAGGGUUUGGUUGCUGUAGUCAAACUAGGUUUGCAGUUGUUGUUGGCCUACUGUUUAUUUGCAUAUUAUUGUGAUUGUUGCCUGCCCCUCGUGUGGGCGCGGCGCGAGGGCUUAUGUGGUCUGUAUGUACCUUUGAGAUUCUGGGAAGAUUCGCCUUUGUAUGGAAUGCUUGUUAUCUAUCAAGAUUGGAAAGCUUCAAUUAAGACACUACUGUUGAUAUGCCUGUUCUUCUGCUUGUUUAAGAGAAGCCUCGUAUCAAUC